AUGCUGGGUUCUGGUUGGGUAUCCACAAAAGCAGUUCUUCUGAGAAGAAAAUUUAAUGAAGUGCAUAACAAUUUGAGGAUGAAAUUUAUGGAGAUGGAAAUGAGUAGCAACGCGCUUAGAGUUUAUUCAGCAGCGCUCUACGAUAGCAUAGAAGAAAUCAAUCGUUUGAUUGUGAAUCCCUUAGUCCGUGAUCACAAGGAGCCAAAUCUUCUCAAACCGGAAGUUAACGCAAAUUCACCGGCAAAGUUGUUACUGCAGAGAUUGCGCCGACAAGUAAGAGCAACAUGCAUGAUCGCAGAUGAUAUUCAAAACGGCUCUGAAGCGAACGCGACCGAAGCCGAAGUUCUGACUGUAGUGGAGCAAGAGCUCGACAAGCUUUACGACAUCCUCUCACCAGAUACAUCCAUAAGAGGACUAGAAACUAUCAUCCCACUAAUUAAUUAA